AUGGCGCCAACAACAACGUUCACGCGCGAGGGGUCGUACGCCAAGUUCUCGGAGGCUGCGAAAGCACGGCGCGGCCCGCUCGGGUACAUGGCCCGCGGCUACGAGAAGCUUUUGCAGCAGUCCAAGACCUUGUGCGUGCGCCUGAGUCUCGUGCUUGGCGGUCUUUUGCUGCUCUUGCCCGCCGUUUUGACACUGCUAUUUAUCUCCUGGAAGGUCGACGGUGCGAUCGACUGGAGCUGGGCCACGGUGCUGGUGUUUGUAUGGAUGUACGACGUUCUCGCCUGCAAUGGCACGCUCGCGUGGCUCUGCGGCUUUCUCUUGCAUCUGUUUGUGGCGCUGCGCCUGGAUGGGCACGUGGACUGGUCCUGGAUCUGCGUCUUCAUCCCGUCCUUCGUCGCGAUUCUCGACUGGAGUGGCUCGAGCGAUGGCUGCUAUGCGCUCCAGCUCAUUUUUCUCGGGCUCCAACUCGAUCACACGGUCACGUGGUCGUGGCUCGUUGUCUUUAUCCCGACGUGGGUGCCGUCUGCCAUCGGUGGCCUCAUCUUCAUUGUCUUCGUGUGCGCCGCAUGCUUCUCCGAUGCCUCGUCGCGACUGAGUGCACUUGGCUUGGGUCUUUUGGCGUGUCUCGGCUUUGGGCUCCUCGUCGCACCCCAAGUUUUGCUCCUCGUCCGGCUCGGGUCGGCAACAUUCUCGACCGUGUACAUUGUUUUGCCGUGGCUCAUUCUCUUCGGUCUCGUGAUCCUUGUGGGCAUUGUCGCAGCCAUGGUGAUGGACUUGGACGACAUUACGAGUGGGCCAGUCACGACGCCUAUUGAAGAAGAAGCCUAG